UCGAAAUAUGUUAUUUUAAGAGACGCCAACAAGAAGAGAGAGAGGGGAAAGCAGGAGAAGAUAGCAGUUGAAUCUUGUAUGUUUCAAUGGAGGUAAUCUCGCGCCACAGCGUUGCUUGUGUAUCUUAUCCGCUGACAUCUUCCAACCUUAGUCCACAUCUCAAACGCAUCCCCAGUUCUUGCACUUUUCAGCAGGUAAAUCUUUGGCCAAGUUGGAGAUUUCCUAAGAGGCUGUUUUUCCAAAAUGGUCUGUCUACAAUCAGAUGGGAGGUUGAGAAGUGCAGUGUCAAAAUUUCUAAGAUAGUCAGCAGCUCUGAUAAAAGCAAACGCCAAGUCUCUGUUCCCUUUCUUCGUGUGGUUGUUGGAGUUGUAUUGGCUUUGUCAGUUUCUGUAGCAAUAAAGCAGGGUCCAUCUUGGUCCCUGUCUGAAGAGAAUCGCCUUUUCUUAGAAGCAUGGAGAACACUAGAUCGUGCUUAUGUUGAUAAGACUUUUAAUGGGCAAAGUUGGUUCCGCUAUAGGGAGAAUGCACUGCGCAGUGAGCCAAUGAGCACCAGAGAAGAGACUUAUACGGCAAUAAGAAAGAUGGUUUCUACACUAAAUGAUCCAUUCACACGUUUCCUGGAGCCCGAAAAAUUGAAGAAUUUGCGGUCGGGAACUCAGAGUUCGCUUACGGGUGUAGGGUUAUCUAUUGGCUAUCCAACCAACAUUGACAGCUCAUCAACUGGAGUAGUUGUAAUCUCAGCUGCUCCAGGGGGUCCUGCCAGUAGGGCUGGCAUCUUUCCUGGGGAUAUAAUCUUGGCAAUUGAUGAUGCAAGCACCGAUGGAAUGACCAUAUAUGAUGCAGCAAAUACCUUACAGGGACCUGAAGGAAGUUCUGUUGAUUUGACAAUCCGUAGCAGGGAUGAGAUAAAAAAAGUCAUGCUGAAGCGUGAGAGAGUAACUCUAAACCCAGUAAAAUCCAGAUUAUGUGAGAUACCAGGUUCAGCAAAGGAUGCUUCCCCAAAAGUUGGAUAUAUCAAGUUAACAUCAUUCACUCAGAAUGCUUCUGAUGCAGUUAAGGAAGCUAUUGAGACACUAAGAAGUAAUAAUGUUAAUGCUUUUGUGCUAGACCUUCGAGAUAAUAGUGGUGGCCUCUUUCCAGAGGGGAUCGAAAUAGCCAAGAUAUGGUUAAACAAAGGAGUCAUUGUCUAUAUAUGUGAUAGUCGUGGUGUACGGGAUAUAUAUGAUGUUGAAGGAAGCAAUGCUGUAGCCGCUUCAGAACCUCUUGCUGUUCUGGUGAAUAAGGGAACUGCAAGUGCUAGCGAAAUAUUAGCAGGUGCGUUGAAGGACAACAAACGAGCUGUGGUUUUCGGAGAGCCUACAUAUGGGAAAGGCAAAAUUCAGUCAGUAUUUGAGCUAUCUGAUGGAUCUGGCAUGGCAGUCACAGUCGCUCGCUAUGAGACACCUGCGCACACGGAUAUUGAUAAGGUGGGAAUCAAACCAGAUCAUCCUCUCCCAGCAUCUUUUCCUAAGGAUGAGAAUGAUUUCUGCACCUGUGUCCAAGAUCCGUCGUCUGCUUGUUAUCUCAAUGGUGCACAACUCUUCUCGAGAUGACUUCGAGAAUGAAAUUUUCGUUGUUUUCAUCUGUUGCCUUAAGGGUUUUGAUUCUUUUGCCAUACAUGUUAAAUGACUCUUUCAAUUUGCCUUUCAUCAUUUUUGUUGUAACACCAUUCAUUCCCUGUAUAUCAUUUUGUUGCCCUUUUCACUAAUGCACAAUUCAGCAUGAGUUCUCCUUGUCUAACUGUGAAAAAUUGAUUGAAUUUUGUUUUACAAUUGAAGGUUUUCUUAUUGUUACUUUAA